AUGCUGGACUUGGCUCAAAAGUGGAUUAUCUUUUGCGCGCUCCUUGGUUCCGGCUACGCGACGUGCCCGGCGCGCUGUGAGUGCUCUGAGGCGGCACAAACGGUGAAGUGCGUCUCCAAAGAUCUCAGGACUGUUCCGGCUGGCAUCCCGGGCUACACGCGGAAUCUGUUCAUCACGGGCAAUCAGAUCAGUCGAAUUGGACCCGAGUCUUUCAUUGGGCUGGAGAAUGUCACCACGCUUUCAUUGAGCAAUAACAGAAUUUCCGAGGUUGAAUCCCAAACCUUCUCGAGACUCAAAAGCCUGCGCUUCUUGGACCUGAGCAACAACCAGCUGGCUGUCAUCCACCCUGAAGCCUUCACCAUCCAGAACCAGUCUCUGCGGGACCUCAACCUCAGUCGCGCUCUGUACAACCACUCUUCUAUCAUGGACUUGGCCAUCUCUCUGCGCUGGAGCUCUCUUGGGGCUUUGCAAGUCCUGGACCUAUCCCACAACAGCCUGAUCCUGCUCCCCGCUCGCAUCUUCUCCCACCUGACCAACCUGCGCCGCCUGCAGCUGUCAAACAACUCCCUGGUGACCAUCCGCAACGCCACAUUCCAGGGCUUGGAGAGGCUGGAGGAGCUUGAUUUAUCUCUCAAUUCUCUCAAAACCGUUUCGGAGGAGGGGGUGCAAGAGCUGGACAAAAUGCCCGAAACCAUGCUGGUGCUUGGGGACAAUCCUUUUAUGUGCAAGUGCGGAAUCGAGCCGUUUACUUUGUGGGUGAACAGAUCGCAAGCCCGCAUUCGGGACGCGGAAGAACUGGCGUGUGCGUUCCCAGUUAGUCUGAGAAAUAUGUCUCUACUGGAGGCGGGAAAGCUGACGUUAGGGUGUCACCAGAGAGAUGCAGGGGGGGAUUUGGUGCUCCAGACUUCAUAUGUGUUCUUAGGGCUUGUUCUAGGCUUCAUCGGGCUCAUUUUUCUAUUUGUUCUUUAUCUAAACCGAAAAGGAAUCAAGAAGCGGAUGUAUGAAAUGCGCGAUGCCUGCAGGGAGGUAUGGGAAGGCUACCACUAUCGCUUUGAGCUUGACUCUGAUCCCAGGUUAUCACAAGUGUCUUCAGCUGCUGAUCUGUGA